AUGGGGGGAUACUUCAGCUCCGAUUGUCGCAGGAUGCAUCAAACGCGGCGAGAUCUCCAAGACUCAAAGCAUGAUCUGGAGGCUCUCCAUCGAUACACCUCAUGUCGAUGGCUCUGGAAUGAGCACCAGCAACUUGCAUGCCGCUAUGUGAAAUUUGAUAUGUCAAGGCUUUUGGAACUUGCUGCUUCUCUCAUCGGAUCGAAAUACUGUGUUGAAGCUGUUAAGGUUUCAGAGGGCCAGUAUAACAAAGUUUUCCUGCUUACCAUGAACGAUGGACGUGAGGUGAUUGCCAAACUGCCGAAUCCCAAUGCGGGCAGACCAUGCUUCACUACGGCCAGUGAGGUUGCGACCAUGGACUUUUUGAGAAACAUCCUCCAUCUUCCAGUUCCGAAGGUCUACGGAUGGAGCUCUAAAGCGUCAGAGAACCCUGUUGGAGCAGAGUAUAUCAUCAUGGAAAAACAAGCUGGUGUGAUGCUGAGCGAUCUUGGAGCUUUGUACUACAAGGAUGACCUCCCUGCUAUGCUCGAUACCUCAUCACCGUUAUAUGUCGACAGGGAUGGGAAGGAGGUACACAGUGCGAAGUUUGGCAUUGGACCCACCAACCAUCGUUCAUUUUUCGAUUUUGGGAGGGGGGAACUGAACAUCGAUCAUGGACCAUGGUCUACACCUGCGGAGUUCAUGAUUGCCAUUGCGCAUCGAGAAAUUCUCUGCGCAAGGGCGCGACUCAGAUACCCAUUGAUGCCGGAAGGCCUUUUCUAUGGACCCAGACAAUACCAGCCCAGCUCUUCGAAGAAACUGUCCGCAUUGCACAACUAUCUCAAAGUGGCACCCUAUGUUCUGCCCGAUAACAGAGCAACCUUAACAUCGGUUUUGUGGCACGGUGAUUUGCACUUGCAAAAUAUUUUUGUCGAUCCUGGAGAGCCAACCCGUAUACUGGGCAUAGUCGACUGGCAAUGUGUCAGCAUUUGUCCACUUUUCACGCAAGUCACAUGCCCUGGUUUCCUGGAUUACAAUGGCCCGGCUCCUGAAGGACUUCAGCAAAUCCAUCUCCCUGGGAACUUUGACUCCAUGACAGACAAACAACAGAAAGCAAAAGCAUUGCAUCAAGCACAGACACUACACAAUCUUUAUUUGGCUAGAUCCCAUCAGGUCAAUGUCGAAGCGUUCCAGGCCAUGCAGGGCCAAGACACGCUCCGUCACCAAGUUAGUGUUAUUCCGGGUUUGACGCUAAUGGACUACGAACCAUGCCUUAGUAGCUUACUGAGGGAUGUGGAAAAAGGGUGGCCAGAGAUUGUUGGAGUCAGGACAGAUGGCUUGCCAUUGGUUCCAUGCCCCUUGCAGUUCUCGGCCGCUGAGAUUCAGGAACAGGAACGGGACGAAGAGCUGUGGGCCCAGGGCGUGGGGCUCAUGAACGACUUUAUUAGUGACACAGGAUGUUUCAAACACUGGGAUGGCAAGGUCAGCAAUGCGGAUUAUGAAUCAUCGAAGAGGCAGCUGGCGGAGGGGAUACAACGAUUCUUGAGCCGUGAGGCGAGGAAUGAGGAGGAGCGCAAGGCGUGGCUCAAAGCCCUCCCAUUUUUGGAUCAAGAAGAGACUGGGUGA